AUGAAAGUAUCUGCAUUGGUCAGUUCUCUGGCGCUGAGCGCUCUGCCAAGUGUGAAUGCUGCACCGGGCUCGAAUUUCGAACAAGAGAGCGCCGCAGUCGUAGCAGAUAUCAUUCGUCGCGCUCUGCCUAACGCUCCCAAUGGAUACACUCCCACCAAUGUUACCUGUCCGUCCAGUCGGCCGACUAUUCGUAGCGCCGCAAAACUCUCAACAAACGAGACUGAAUGGCUCGAGGUUCGUCGCAACAAGACUAUUACACCCAUGAAGGAUUUCUUCAGCCAUGUCUCCGUUGGCGACUACGAUGUCGGCGCAUAUAUCGACAAGCACUCUGCGAAUGUUUCAAACCUCCCAAAUAUCGCCAUUGCGGCGUCUGGUGGUGGUUACCGUGCCAUGUUGAACGGUGCCGGUGCCAUGAAGGCAUUUGAUAGCCGUGUGUCAAACUCCACGGCUACAGGUCACCUGGGCGGUUUGUUGCAGUCGGCCACCUAUGUUGCUGGUCUGAGUGGUGGUUCUUGGUUGGUUGGUUCGAUUUACAUUAACAACUUUACCUCCAUUGCGGACUUGCAGACCUACUCGUCUGGAGAGCCGUGGCAGCUUGGAAAUAACAUCUUCGAAGGCCCAGACACUGGAGGUCUUCAGAUUCUUGAUACGGCUGAUUACUUUAAGGAUUUGGCUGAGGCUGUUGAUGAUAAAAAGGACGCUGGUUUUGACACCUCGAUCACCGAUAUUUGGGGCCGUGCUCUAGCUUUCCAAAUGUUCAAUUCCAGUCAAGGAGGACUCGACUACACCUGGUCGUCCAUUGCCAAGACUGCAGAAUUCAUUGCCGGUGACUACCCAAUGCCACUUGUCGUUGCCGAUAGCCGUACCACAGGCGAAAUUAUCGCCUCUUCGUACUCGACUGUGUUCGAGUUCAACCCCUGGGAAUUCGGUACCUUUGACCCGACUAUCUAUGCGUUUGCACCUCUCGAAUACAUCGGAUCCCGCUUCGAGAAUGGCUCGAUCGCCAGUAACGAGACUUGUGUGCGCGGAUAUGAUAACGCCGGCUUCAUCAUCGGAACUUCCUCCACCCUUUUCAACGAGGCUAUCACUGAGCUAGGCAGCAACUCGUCCUCAAUCACCUCCUGGGCGGAGGACGUCCUCAAGGAUCUUUUCGCCAAGUUCGACAGCGCCGACAAUGAUAUCGCCGCUUACGAACCCAACCCAUUCUACGGCUACAAUGACGACUCCCUGGCUCAAGGAACAGAGUUGGACAUCGUCGAUGGAGGUGAGGAUGGACAGAACGUGCCCCUCCACCCGCUCAUCCAGCCCGAGCGCGCAGUAGACGUCAUCUUCGCCGUGGACUCUUCCGCCGACACAGAUUACUACUGGCCCAACGGAACCUCUCUUGUAGCCACUUACGAGCGCAGCCUGAACGUAUCCGGCAUUGGCAACGGCACCGCCUUCCCCGCCAUCCCCGACCAGAACACCUUCAUCAACCUGGGACUGAACACUCGCCCGACUUUCUUCGGCUGCAACAGCUCCAACAUCACCGGUCCAGCCCCCCUUGUUGUCUACCUCGCCAACUACCCUUACUCCGCACAGUCCAACACUUCCACUUACCAGAUGACCUACGAGGACUGGCAGCGUGAUAACAUCAUCACGAACGGAUACGAAGUCGUGACUAUGGGCAACGGUACCCGCGAUGGUAACUUUACUGCUUGUGUUGGAUGUGCGAUUCUGAGUCGCUCGUUCGAGCGCACAGGUACGACCCUUCCGGAUAUCUGUACCCAGUGCUUCACGGAGUACUGCUGGAAUGGUACUACCAACUCUACCACGCCGAAUACAUAUGCCCCGGUGGAUAUUUUGGCAUCCUCGAUCGCUGUCUCGUCACUUGUGCCAACAGUGCUGUCUACCGUUGCGGCGGUCAGUGCGGCAAUCUUCACCAUGGUAUAG